AUGGCGCACUCAAAUGAAUGGCAAAAAAUGCUCCGCGGUGAGCUAUACUGGGCAUGGGACGAAGAUCUGCAAAACAAUCGGAAAAGAUGCAAAGCAGCAUGCGACAAAUUCAAUGCCGCAGGCUCAGCAUCUCGGCGUCACAAGGUCGAGCUCUGGAGAAAUAUUAUCUGCGACGACCGACCAAUGCCCCCCAUUCACCCCGACCCAAAAGAAGACGAAGCGCUCUUCGAAGAAACCGAUCCUUUUAUCGAUGGACCCAUCUCCGUUGAUCAUGGCUUGAACUUCAAGGUUGGAAAGGGGACCUUUCUCAAUUUCAACCUACUAGUUCUCGAUACAUGCCAUAUUACUAUCGGGGAGAACGUGUUGUUUGGGCCUAAUGUUUGCAUCUACGGCGCGACGCAUCCUCUGGAUCCUGCGAUUCGACGGGGAUUAAAGGGCCCUGAGGGAGGUGGGGAGGUGCAUAUUGAGGAUGAUGUGUGGAUUGGGGGAAGCGUCAUUAUCCUGGCUGGGGUGAGGAUUGGGCGAGGAUCUACGGUUGGGGCCGGUGCUGUAGUUACAAAGGAUGUCCCUCCAUUCCACUUUGUUGCUGGUAACCCGGCUAAAAUCAUUCGGAAGAUUGAGUCGAGCAUGGAGUCAGAGGGGCACUGA